CCCAGGGGCAGUUGGCGGAAGAGAUCGCGCUCCUCGGCUGCUCGCUCUACGUUGCUCCCGGAGUUCUCGCCGCCCGCGUUUGGCGUCCGUCCCCGGCCUGGGGUCCGUGUGUCGGCGUCCCACUUGCAGUCCCUCGCUCGGCGGGGACACAGCGCGGCGGGCUCCCCGUCCCGGCGGCCUUCCAUGGAGUAGGUCCGGGACCGUUGUCCCGAAGAGCGCGAUCGAGCUUGGGCCCCCUCCUCCCGCCCUCCUUCCUGCCGCGGCCAACAUGGCUAACAACAGCCCCGCGCUGACAGGCAACUCGCAGCCGCAGCACCAGGCGGCCGCGGCCGUGGCCCAGCAGCAGCAGCCAUGUGGCGGCGGCGGCGCCACCAAGCCCGCCGUGUCGGGCAAGCAGGGCAACGUGCUGCCGCUGUGGGGCAACGAGAAGACCAUGAACCUCAACCCCAUGAUCCUCACCAACAUCCUGUCGUCGCCUUACUUCAAAGUGCAGCUCUACGAGCUCAAGACCUACCACGAGGUGGUGGACGAGAUCUACUUCAAGGUACGCAUCCUCUAGGCCUCGGUGCGGGGGUAAGUCCGCCAGAGCGGGGUGGUCGGAAGCCGGUGGAAGCGCCCCCUUUCCCCCUCCCGAGACCCGAGGAUUUGGGGGAGGGGAAAGUUGGCGGAGGGAGAAGUGAGGCUUGUGGCUGGUUUGGGACGGGUUGGGCCAGGGCCGCCCUCUUUCUCCUUUUCAGGUUUGGUUUCUCUUUUUCUUGUUUUAUUUUAUUUUAUUUUUUUAAAGAGCCGGGGCGAGCCCGCCGCCAUCGAUCUUUAACCUACCCCAACCUCCUGCCUAUCCCUAGGGAGCUGUUGGGUAAGAAGGUUAGGGGAGAGGAGAAAAGUAAUACCAGAAGCCUGUCCAAGUUCACCAUUUUAAAAGUGACUCCUUUUGACCCGUGUCGACCGAGCACCAACUUAGUGCUUCUUCCGCUGUCGCGC